AUGUGGUCAGGUUACAUGGACCUCACUUUCAUGCCUCAUUUAUGGUCUUGGAAUAAGAACAGACAACUAGAAAAAGACAUGAAGACAUCCAUGAGGAAGAGAGAGAUCGCAGCUCUGCGUGCAGCAGCCUUCACCUGCAGCUGCUCGCCUGCUUCUGCACAGGUGGAGGUGGUUCUUCCCGGGACUCGGUUCCACUUGGACCUCUGGCUGAGCUUCACUGUCCAGAACUGGAUCCUUGAUGUGGGCCGUGCUAUUGUCAUGCUCGUCCUCCCUGCAGACUGGUUUCCUCUGAAGCGUGCCGGCGCUGCAGACUGUCUUCACUUCCUGUACAGCAUCACUGCUCCGCUCAUACUUCUCAAAAUGCUCGAACGCAGCCCCAGGAUGUUGCCGGGCCUCGCCGUCCACCUCGGCAUCAUCGCCAUUGCCAUGGGAACCACCCUCCAUUUGGUGGCAGAUUCCAUCACACGGCGGCUGCUGUUGAUUGGCUACCAGCUGCACCUGCCUGUCAGAGAGAAUCCAAUAAUGAAGGACCUCAACCCUCCGGCCCUGGUCGAGUUCUUUGAGCUUCUGUUUUACUACGAUGACACUGUGGGUCACAUGAUGUGGUACGUUCCCUUCUUCCUCGUCCUGGUGCUCUUCUUCAGUGGUUGUUUCAGUCCCAGGGAGCAGCAGGACAAGAUGCCGCUGUCAGCGUGGAUGCUGCUUGCUCCAAAUGCUGCCUACUACUGGUAUCUGAUCACUGAAGGACAGACCUUCAUCCUCUUCACCUUCACCUUCUUUGCCAUGACCACUACAGUGAUGCAUCAGAGGAGGCGGGGUCUGGUUCUCAACAGUAAUGGCCUCUUCAUGCUCUACAGUUUCUCUGCAGCUCUGUGCCUGGUGGUGAUCUGGGUGGCCUGUCUGUGGAAUAACAGCAUCCUGAGGAAGAAACUCCCUGGACUGAUUUACAUCCCACAGCCCUGCGCGGUCUACACCCUCCACCUCCAGCAGAUUACCCAGAUAUGA